GUUUCUCAGACGUUUUUGGCAUCUCAUGUAUUAUCUUUUUUUUUUUUCAGUGAAAAGAUGCUAUUGCGAGGGCCACUGUCCGGACAACCAACACAACGGCACUUGUGAAAUUCGGACGGGCGGCGUUUGUUUCACCUUGGUGGAGGCGGUAUACGAUGAGGAGAAAGAAAGGGAUGUGCCCUUCUACACGUACGGCUGCCUCACUGACGACGAGAAGGGGUUCUUGCAGUGCAAGGGCCACCUGGUGCCGCACGAAGACAUGAAAUCCAUCCAGUGUUGCCACGACAAGGACAUGUGCAACGUCGAUCUGCGCCCCGCCUACCCCGAGCGACCCACCCCCGAGGCUCCCGGCUUCGGCACGGCGGACGGUCUGCCAUUCACCCUCCUCCUCACCACCGUCACCUUUUGUCUCACGCUGGUGCUGCUGGUGGUGGCGGUGGUGUUCGUGAAGAACAGACGGAAGGAGGUGCAGAGGAAGUUCGGGCUGUACGCCAAGGGGGGGUAUCAUGCGGGGGAGAAGUACGCGGAGGUGCACGGGCCGCUCGCUAGUUUGAUCGAGCAGUCGAGCGGGUCUGGAUCAGGUCUACCUAUUCUCGUGCAACGAACUAUAUCCAAGCAAAUCCAGAUGAUCCACUCGGUAGGCAAGGGCAGGUACGGCGAAGUUUGGCUGGCCAAAUGGAGGGGUACGCGGGUAGCUGUCAAAGUGUUCUUCACCACCGAGGAGCAGAGUUGGUUCAGGGAGACUGAGAUCUACCAAACAGUGCUGAUGAGACACGAGAACGUGCUCGGGUUCAUAGCUGCUGAUAUCAAAGGUACCGGCAGCUACACCCAGAUGCUCCUCAUCACCGACUACCACGACAACGGCUCCCUCUACGACUACCUCCAGGACCGCUGCCUGGAGCCGGCCGGGCUCCUUCUGAUGGCGCACAGCAUCGCCGCCGGUCUCUCGCACCUCCACACCGAGAUAUUCGGCACGAAGGGCAAGCCGGCCAUCGCGCACCGGGACAUCAAGAGCAAGAACAUCCUGGUGAAGCGGAACGGCGAGUGCUGCUUGGCUGACUUCGGGCUGGCCGUCAAGUUCUUGUCGGAUGCGAAGGAAAUCGACGUGCCGCCCAACGUCCGGUCGGGAACAAGAAGGUACAUGGCGCCCGAGCUCCUGGACCGAUCCAUCGACCCCACCAGCUUCGAGGCGCACAAAACGGCCGACAUGUACGCCUUCGGGCUGGUCCUGUGGGAGAUGUCGCGGCGGUGCGCGACGGGCGACCUUCUACAGACCGCCCAGCCGUACGCCGCCCCAUACUACGACUGCGUGCCCGCCGACCCCUCCUUCGAGGACAUGCUGGCGGCGGUGUGCGUGAAGGGGGUGCGGCCGCAGGUGGCGGCGAGGUGGGAGGGGGACGCGGUGCUCAGGACGGUGGCGAAGGUGAUGCAGGAGUGCUGGCACUCGAAUCCCGCCGUCAGGUUAACGUCUCUGAGGGUGAAAAAGACACUGUCGAAGCUUGAUACGGACACGAGCAUAAAGAUAGUGUAG